GAAGGAACGAACUACGCUUGAUCCAGUCCUGUCUAAUGAUGCACUGAUAAUGCCUUGUAAAGGAAUACUGAAGGCUUGUGCAAUGUCUCUUCCUGAUCUUUGGAGAAGUCGUCGCUGUUUAACAAAAAUUGAAGGUUUUGAUCAUUCUGUAGUAAAUGCCACCUUAGGGGCGUGUGGUGAUUUACCCGCAUCCCAAGAGAGCCCUUGUUUUCCCUUUUUUGUUUGGCAGUGUGGGGAGAAUAAGGUGCUCAGUGAGAUAUCUACAGUCAUGGAGUUUGAUUUCUCAAAACCCAUUAGUCCUUGUUUUGGGAAAGUCCAGGUUGAAUUUACGGAGCCUGGGAUAUGCCAUGGUUUUGUGCUCUGGAUUGAUUGGGUGAUGGACAUUGAUAACUCCAUUGUGCUUUCAACAGGACCCGAUAAAAGAUACUGGAAGCAAGGAAUUAAGCUGUUGGCCAAGCCAGUCACAGUUGGAAUCCAUGGAUCGAGUAGAGGUAACAUUUCAGCGGAAAUUGAGGCGUCCUUCAACCCUUCAAACGGUGAAAUUGAUAUCAAAUAUGCUUUCACAUAAUUCUAGAGUUGCAUUAGCUGAGCCUCUCUUCGUGUAUUCUCUCAAUUGAACUGCUGGUGCUCAAUCAUUUAUUCCCACUGUAUCAUUAGGUACAUUAGUUACAAAUUUUAUGGAAUCGUGUAAUGACGGAUUUCAGGAUUCAAUUUUUCCUACAUUGUUCAAUCUUUUCUAUUGGGUUUUGGAGCACCAUAUAUAGACUAGGAAGCAGUUCUAUUGGAUGGCUGUACAAUAAUUCCGUAUAUCAAAUAUAUAAUUUCUUUCGUGGAUU